UAUCUAGUAGUUACGAAGUUUGGUUACGUGUUCCUUCAGUUGUCAAACCAAUUCUUAUUUGAAAAUGUUGGUAUAUUCCGUCCGAUAUCCCCAAUAACGAAAUUUUUUAAUAUAGAAUUAUUAGUUAAAAUGAAUUCUCAACUAUGUUAUUUUCUAAUUCUGAGUUCAUUCAGUGUAUUUUGUAAUGGACAACGUGUAGCACCUGGAGUUCCUCCUCAACAUUAUCAACAGGCACAGUACCAAGUACCUCAACAUGGAAAUAUCCAUCAGCAAGUGCCACAAAUGCAACAAGUACCACAAAUGCAGCAAGUACCUCAAAUGCAGCAGGUACCACAAAUGCAACAAGUUCCAAUUCAGCAGCAACAAGUUCCUGUUCAAUAUCAACAAGUACCUCAAGUUCAACAUGGUCAUGGUCAUGGUCACCAUGGACAACCACAAAUUCUGAAUGCUGCCAAUAUGGCCCAUGAAAAAGAACAUAUAGCUGAACACUUGGAGAUGCCACUUGAUACUAGCAAAAUGUCCGAACAAGAAUUGCAAUUCCAUUAUUUCAAAUUGCAUGAUGCAGAUAAUAAUAAUAAGUUGGAUGGUUGUGAAUUAAUUAAAUCACUCAUCCACUGGCAUGAUCAAGGUAAGGACAAAUCAAAUGGCCCUGCAGAAGAUAAAAUUUUCAAGGAUGAAGAAUUGACAACCCUCAUUGAUCCAAUUUUGAAUGUAGAUGAUGGAAACAAAGAUGGUUAUAUUGAUUAUCCAGAGUUCAUUAAAGCACAGCAAAAAGCUGCUGCUCAAACCAAUAAUCCAUAGAACUGAUUUCAUGUUGAAUUGUCUAUUUUUUAGUUACUUGAUAUUUAUGUUUUUGUAAAAUAAAGAAGGAAAUUUUGAAUAA